AUGAAUAAAGGUGAUUCUGUUCCUACUUUCCAGCCUUGGGAAAAUGCAUCUAGUCCUUUUUUCUUGUCUAGGGGAGAUAAGCCUGGUGUUUCCCUUGUGGUUCAACAUCUCACUGAGGAGAAUUGCAAUACUUGGAGUAGAGCAGUUCUUAUAUCAUUGGAUGCUAAGACUAAACUGGGGUCCAUCAAUGGCUCAAUUCCUAAGCCUCAAUCCAUUGACCAUCCUCUGUACAUAGCUUGGUGUAAAUGUAACAACACAGUAUUAGCUUGGUUGUUCAAUUCUGUUUCUAAGCAUUUACAACCAAGCAUAGUGUAUUUCAAGACAACAAGGGAGGUUUGGCUUGAUCUACAAUAUAGGUAUGGACAAGGCAAUGUUCCUAGAAUUUUGGAAUUAAGGAAGGAAGUUAGCUCUUUGACUCAAGAGUAUUUGAGUAUCAAUGCAUACUACACCAAGUUUAAGGGUCUUUGGGAUGAAUUUUCCAACUAUAGAACUUGUAUUUGUGGACACCAUGUGGAGGAUUGUACCAUGUCAUUCUCUAUGGGGUUGAAUGAGACUAUGUUGCAAUUAGAGGUUUUCUCUCCUUUGCUUCAAGAUGAGAAGCAAAGAAAGGUUGGUGCUGGGAAUAAGGUUUUGACUGAAACAGCAGCUGCAUUGGCAGUAUUGGGACCCAAGUUUGGUGGUAAUGCCAAGAAUUUCAAUAAGUCAAGGACUGGCAGACCUCAAUGCACUCACUAUGGUGCCAUGGGACACAUAGUUGAUAAAUGCUACAAGCUACAUGGUUAUCCUCCUGGGUACAAGUUCAAGAACAAGAAUCAAUCUUUUGCAAGUAAUCUGGUUGCAGUUGAUGAUAGUUCCAGUGAACCUAUCUCCUUCACUAGAGCUGAGUAUCAACAACUAGUUGGUUUGAUGAAUUCACAAUUUUGGUACUCAAGCCCCACCAGAAAUACCUAUCUGUCAAGCUGCUGUCGAGCCACGGGCUGGAACAGCUCUACAGGUCUCGAUAAAUGCUAG